CUAACGAUCAAAGGUGGGAAGAAUAUGUGGUUCUCAGUCACCACUUUGCUGCUUCUCGCAGUUCUGGCAACGGCUCAGAAUAAGCUCAUCAAUGAACCGAAAGUUUUCUGUUACUACAACGGGAAAGAUACGAUCAGAGAGGAAUGGCUCUUGGAAGCGCUUCCUUUUUGUACUCACCUGAUAUAUGGGUAUGCGGCCAUCGAUCCAUACAACAGCUGCCUCGUUCCUGUGGACGAUAUGUUUGAUUGUGAUCACGGAAGAGGACAUUAUAGGGGAAUCAUCUCGUUGAAAGAACAAUUUCCGGGUCUCAAAAUAUUGCUCAGCAUUGGUUUUCACAAAGAUUGGAACGAACCGCUCGAAAAGUACUUAACUGUGCUGGAAACUCAUUAUACUCGUUCGCAAUUUGUAAAUUCUGCUUACGCGUUGCUAAGAAAAUACGGAUUUGAUGGUCUAGAUUUGGCCUGGCAGUUCCCGCAAAGUGCUCCGAAACCCAGUCAAGAAGAGGUCCAGGUUUGGUGGCUUAAAUAUAAAAAAAUCUUCACCAGAGAGAGUAUUCCGGAUCCGAAAGCCGACGAGCACAAAGAGGAAUUUACGGCUCUCGUUCGUGAUCUGGAGUAUACUUUCAGAGCGAAAAAUUUAGAGCUGGGUCUGACAGUGCUUCCACAUGUAAACACGACUGCCUACUUGGAUGUGCCGUUGUUGAUAGACAACUUGAAUUACGUCCAUUUGGCGGCGUUUGACCAGCAAACUCCAUUGAGAAACCCCAAGGAGGGAGACUACGCUGCCCCAAUCUAUGAGCCUGAAGGACGUGUCGCGGGAAACAGCAUUGAGGCAAAAGUGAACUAUUGGCUUGCAAACCAAACACCAUCCAACAAAAUUAUUCUCGGUAUUCCGACUUACGGUAGGGCUUGGAGACUAAGCGAAAACUCCAACACAACCGGCAUUCCUCCGAUAAAAACAGAUGGUGCGUAUAUGCCCCAAUUCUUUUCGGACAGCAAUGGGAGGUUCAGAUGGCCAGACAUUUGUGCCAUGCUGCCUUCGGCCGCGAACCCAAACGCAACGUUUACGAAAGUUGACCAAGAUUCAGCAACAACCGGACGCUUCGGGGUGUACGGCUUCCAAAAGCCGAACCAUCAGGGGAACGGUAAACCGGGCAUCUGGAUGUCGUACGAGGAUCCGGAGUCUACAUCUAACAAGGCGGCCUAUGCGAAGGCCAAAGGCUUGGGCGGAGUCGCCAUAUUUGAUCUCUACAACGACGACUUCGCGGGACGGUGUAACGGGUUGCUGUUUCCGAUUUUGAAGGCCGCGAGUCAGCGCUCGUGAAGGGUGACUUCGUUGGAAAGUUUUGUUGAUAAAUGAUAUUAGGCCGGAACAAAUUUCAAAUCCUUCUUUUGUCACUCGGAGUUGGAUCAUGGCGAGGGGGGGGACAAUA